AUGGAUUACAAUUUACAACGUGCAAAAACGAGUUUUUUUUGUUACGAGCGCCCAACAUCAUACCGAUGUGAAGACAAAAACAAAACGAACCAUUCCUGUACGAACCGCUGUACGGUACGCUCCUGCAGCACACCACGGCCCCACUACUACAACUCUGUACACUCACACACGUAUUGGAUUGAGAAUCGAUCAGUUAUAUUUAAUGAAUUCACGCCGCAGUACGUGAACUCCGCAUUAUCCACAUAUAGGAUACCACCGUUGGACCCUACUGCAGAGAUGUGGUCAAAAAUGUUGCUGUUAAGUUUAAAUAUUUACAUUCUACUGUCGAUAGUGGAUGGCAGUAAAAUCAUUUUUUUGGAUACGGUGAUACAGAAAAAUCAUUUUAAUGAGACCUUAGCUACGAAUGAAACUGGACCUAUGAAUGAAAUUGUUUCUAUGGGUUCUAUGUUUUUAGAUAAUUUUAAUAAUGUAAAUAGACCUGUACACAUCAAUACAAUUACGAAUGAAACACAAAAUAUGAAUGAAACUAAAACUAUGAAUGAAACACAAAAUAUGAAUAAAACUAAAACUAUGAAUGAAACUAAACCUAUAAAUGAAGCUAACCCUAUAAAUGAAGCUAAACCUAUAAAUGAAGCUAAACCUAUAAAUGAAAUUAAACCCAUAAAUGAAACAAUUCAUCAUCAAGUACAAAACUCAACUUCAAAUGCAGAGAAAUUGACACUAGGUCUAUUAGAUGCGACAUUAAAUAUUGACAGAUCAAUUUACAGUUUACAAUCACAUGGGUCUAAUCAUGAUCAUAAUAUAGUUAUAUCACCGAUAUGUUUAGCGGCUGCUAUGUCACUUGUCCUUCUGGGAGCUCGUGGUGAAACCAAAACAGAAGUUGGUAAAUUGUUUGGUUACGAUGAGAUCACAUUAAGUCAUUUAUCUGACAAUGGUAACCACAAUUUUAAGGCUUUGGGAACAUUAUUGAAUUACUUUCAAACCAACUCCGGUGAAAAAUUGGGCACAGAAGUUAACCUAGCAAAAGCAAUGUUUAUUCAAAAUGGCUAUAAUCUUACAAACAAUUUUAUAAAAGCAGCUGAAGAUUAUUUAAGCACCAAAUUGGUUACAGUUAAUUUCAAAUCAGAUGGAGAACACACAAAACACAUUAUAAACCAAUGGGUGUCGAAUCAAACACGUGGAAAAAUCAAUGAUAUAUUGCCUGAUAUCCCUCCAGCAGAUACCAAGACUAUUAUUGCAAGUGCUUUAUAUUUCACAGGCGAAUGGGAGAACCCAUUUUUUAUCAACUAUACUAGAAUAAAGCCAUUUUGUUAUGGAGCAAUUAUUACUGGUGAUAGAAAAUCACCCAAACAAAACAAGGAUUGUAUAUAUGUCCAAAUGAUGGUAGGCAGUAGUGAAGUAUUAUUUCAUAAAAAUGAAGGAUUAGAGUUUAAAGCCAUAGGGCUACCAUACAAAGGGAAUCAAUUUAUAACAUAUUUUGUGCUUCCCGACGCAAAUGUCAGUUUAAGCAGUUUAACAGCAAAAAUGAAUGGAAAAACAAUCAAAAAUAUAACCAGAACUGCAAAGAUCACAGAACUUACAUACUUUGUGCCUAAAAUGACUCUUAAGUCUUUGACCAACCUACGACCAGUCUUGCAGAAUUUAGGAAUUAGCAAACUGUUUGACCCUUCAAAGGCUGAUUUAUCAAACAUGGCUUCAGAUCCAGGUUCUUACAUUGAUGAUAUUUUACAUCAAGUUGAAAUUGAUAUCAAUGAAAUUGGUACAGUGGCGUCGGCAGCUACUGUAGUAACUAUAACAAGAGGAGGACAGACUAUUUUUAAUGUAAACAAGCCAUUUAUAUUUUUUAUUCAUCAUGUAGAAAGCGAUACAGUAGUAUUUUGGAGUACUGUAUAUAAACCUAUGCCAUAUUCAAUGACACCACCAAAUUUAAACUCUUUUAAAAAAACAUAA